GGUUUCCAAUCAAUUAAAGAACAAGCUAACAGAUCAAGCAGCUGGUAUUGUUCUAUCUAGCAGCUAGCUAUAUGGCAAUGGAAGAACUACAUGCAGCUGCUUUAGCAUACUACGACAAUGGCACUCAACAGCUUCAGGAUCUGGCAGGGUCUUUCUUCCGAUCUAUGGACACCAACGGGGAUGGUCAAAUCAGCUGCUUGGAGUUCAAUGACUUCCUCCAGCAAAGUGGCUACAACUGGAUUAUUAACGAUCCAAACUUCUUCAAAAGACUUGACCGCAAUGGCGAUGGUGGAUUGGAUUUUGGGGAAGUUCUCACUUUCUAUUAUAUCAUUAAAACGAGGUACAUCAAGUGCCAAGGGUAUCGGUGCGGUGUACACCUCUGUGGUUUGUAUUUCACUUGCGUUGCUUGCUUUGACGGAGCUCAUGAGCAUCGCUCCACCUUUGAUCUCUGUCCUGCCUGCUAUCGCAAUCGGAAUUACUAUCACCACCAGCACCACACAUACUUCUUGGAUAAUCAUGUAUUGCUGCGCUCCAAACGAGGCAUCUCUCCAUAUGCUUCACCAGAUCUCAACAUGGCAAUGACUCCAACCCCGCCUCCAGCAGUUUAUAAUAAUAUUAAUUACUACAUCGCUGCUGCACCUCAAAGGCAUAGUUGGUUCCAGGUAUUUCGCGUGUUUGAGAUGGCUCUUACUGCUGCAAGUGUGGCUGCUAAUUGUACAAUCAUGUGAUGUCAUUACAAAGAAGGGUUUAUUGUUGGAGUCCAAAUUCGGUGUCUAUCUGAUGUGAUCAGACUAACAGAAAAUGAAAUGAUGGAGAAUUGAUCACGGACAGCCAUUGGAGGAUUUGAAUGCGCCAUUCUUGUUUGAAGGGAGAGAGCUAGAGGGUUUUCCUUCCGCUUCAAUGACUCCAUGUAACCAAUGAUAAAUUAAAAGAGUUUUGUUUUUUUUUCUUUUUCUUUUUUCUUUUCUGUUUGGCUGAUAGACGUCUUUGUUUGGCAAAUGUCAGUUUUUAACGGAACAUUAACGGAAGUUAGUGAUAGGUAUCAUUUGAAAUAAAAUCGAAAAGUUCAGGCCGGUACUGGUUGUGAUCAAAAUUGAAGUUCAGGUACCAUCGAUAAGAUAGAGAAUAAGUUCAGGUACCAUUUGUGAUAAUUACCCUUUUUUUUUUCCUUUUUCUUUUUUCUUUUUUGUUAUUUAGAACAGACCUCUUUUUCU